AUGCACUGGUUUCUUCUGUGUGCCAGAAUUGUAAAUUCUCGAGUCUCCAUUGACUGGCAAUCUCCCAUAGUAAAUUGGUCAAAGCUUGCCAAUUGGAGGGGGGCACCGCAUCAACACGGCAAAGUAUACCUGGGUACCUGGUACCUGGGGAACGCCAACGCGUGGGAUUGUUGCAUGUUGCUGGCUUAUUCUUCUUUCGUAGCACAAAUAGGAAUCACGGGUGACCGUGCCUUGGCGCUCGCCAAAUUUCGUGAGAGAGAGAUGAAGGGGCGUCGGAUAAUUUUGGUGUUGAAGCUUGAUGCAACAUGCCCGAAUUGCUACGUAGGUGCUAUGAAUGGCCGGAACCUCCGAAGUCACCUCCUAACCAAGGAUACAGAUGGGAUUUUAAUGAGUUUCCAAGGUGUGUGA